ACGCACAGAAGAGGGCGGCCCCGGCGGCGCGUACUCAUCUGCUAAAGGCUGAAUAAACACUGACAGCCCCACUUUAAUGGGUGACGCGCUAAAAAGAUUUGGGAAAGAUAAAGGGAAACUCACCAUCGUAUUUUAAUCCGGACGCUGUGCAGUUUUCUUGUUUGAGUAAGAGACUGAUUUCCUAACUCAGCGCGAUUGUUCGAAAAGUAUCGACGGAAUCACUCGUUUGUUUUCUGCGUCUUUAUUGCGGUUCUGUGCGUAAAUUCAAUUACGAGAAAUUUAAUUAGUUAAGUCAAAUUAGAACAGGCACGCACAGCCUGUGCGACCCGGACGAGACAAUCCGAAUUGUUUGAAUCAGGCUGCAGAUCAUGGUCCGUUGACUGGGAGACAGAGAGAGGCAGAAAGUAAGAAAUAAAGAGCUAAAAAGAAAUUUGGACACUUUGAGGUGGUCUCUGUGGGAACGUCUGCCUCUCAGGUCCAGGUGUCCCGCCGAGCGGUGCGGAGUCUCCAGCUCGGGCCGGCAGCGCUGACAUGCUGCCCAAAGUCGACUCUGAAUCCCUGGGACUCUCUCGAUCGUAUGGGGAACACGGGCACAUGCCCAGGAACAUGCAAGCACACCAGUUAAAAAUGAUGGACUACUCAUAUGACGAAGACCUGGACGAGAUGUGUCCCGUGUGUGGAGACAAAGUUUCAGGGUAUCACUAUGGACUCCUGACCUGCGAGAGCUGCAAGGGCUUCUUCAAGCGCACCGUCCAGAACAACAAACGCUACACAUGUAUAGAGAACCAGAGCUGCCAGAUUGACAAGACCCAGAGGAAGCGCUGCCCAUACUGCCGCUUCCAAAAGUGCCUCACCGUCGGCAUGAAGCUUGAAGCUGUGCGGGCAGACCGCAUGCGUGGUGGUCGCAACAAAUUCGGCCCAAUGUACAAACGUGACCGGGCCCUCAAGCAGCAAAAGAAGGCACUGAUCCGAGCCAAUGGCCUGAAGAUUGAGGCCAUGACUCAGGUGAUGCAAGCCGUGCCAACUGACCUCACCAUCACCUCAGCCAUCCAGAACAUCCACUCGGCCGCAUCCAAGGGCCUUCCACUGAGCCACCACCCUGGCCACCACACUGGUCACCACCACCACCACCACCAUCAUCAUGCCACUGCCUUGCCCCCCACAGACUAUGACCGUAGCCCAUUUGUCACUUCACCGGUCAGCAUGGCAAUGCCACCACACGCCGGCAGCCUGCAGGGCUACCAGGCGGCCUAUGGACACUUCCAAGGUACACGCACCAUCAAGUCAGAGUACCCUGACCCGUACACCAGCUCGCCGGAGUCCAUCAUGGGCUACGCCUACGUCGAUGCCUAUCAGUCAGGCUCGCCGCCCAGCUUCCCUCACCUGAUCGUAGAGCUGCUUAAGUGUGAGCCAGAUGAGCCGCAGGUUCAGGCCAAGAUCCUGGCCUACCUACAGCAGGAGCAGGCCAGCCGGGGCAAACACGAGAAGCUCAACACCUUCGGCCUCAUGUGCAAGAUGGCCGACCAGACACUCUUCUCCAUCGUGGAGUGGGCACGCAGCAGCAUCUUCUUCCGUGAACUCAAGGUGGACGACCAGAUGAAGCUGCUGCAGAACUGCUGGAGUGAACUCCUCAUCCUAGACCACGUCUUCCGGCAGGUGGUGCAUGCCAAGGAGGGCUCCAUCCUAUUGGUCACGGGCCAGCAGGUGGACUAUGCAGUGAUUGCUUCACAGGCGGGAGCCACCCUCAACAACCUUUUGAGUCACGCCCAGGAGCUGGUGGCAAAGCUACGCUCCCUGCAGCUGGACCAACGGGAGUUCGUCUGCCUCAAGUUCCUGGUUCUAUUCAGCCUGGAUGUGAAGAACCUGGAGAACUUCCACCUAGUAGAAAGCGUCCAGGAGCAGGUCAAUGCAGCACUGCUGGACUACGUCAUGUGCAACUACCCACAGCAAACGGACAAGUUUGGCCAGCUGCUCCUCCGGCUGCCAGAGAUCCGAGCCAUAAGCCUGCAGGCUGAAGAAUACCUUUACUACAAACACCUGAACGGCGACGUGCCCUGCAACAACCUGCUCAUUGAAAUGCUACACGCCAAGAGAGCUUAGGACUGGACUGUGCUACCCAUAAUGCAGAUGUGCAGACAUCCUGGCAGUUUUGCUGCAGUCCAAAAACUCCAAACAACGCUUUCACCAAACUGAAUCUCCAGCUCAGACUUGACUUUGUAUUGUGCACACACAAACAACAUAUGGAUACCUUUAUUUAAAAAAAAGGAAACUGAAGGAAGAGCCACUUCUCAUCAACCACACCAAGACAAUAUUGAAAAGAAAAAUGACACUUGAAACAAACACUGCAUUUGACACUUCGAGAUGGGAUGUAAUCGUCUGCACUAGCACAGUGUAUCAAGACUGGCAGGCUGCAACUUAGAGAAUUAACAACCGAGUGGUUUAGCACUGGUGACACUGUGAGAGGCUUUUUGUGCUGAGAAAGGAAGCUGAGCAACACCACCCAUCUUUCAGACAGCUUUGUGACUAGAGCCGUGGCUUAUAUCGGUCGCCGAUCCUGCGGUGUGCUCUCUCACUAAAACUGGCUUUUAGCUGUCGUUGGUACUGUAAAGACAAACGGACAAGCAGUCAACCGGGCCAGAGACUCUUACCUACUGUCACAUCUGUUUUUUUGAACUCACAUAAAAUGCCUGCCUCGGCAGCUUUACCUUAAUGAAAAGGGAGAUCUGACGGGGGAAAAAAAAGUUCUUUAAUGAACAACAUGAUAAAUAGGCCAAUAAGAAGAAAAAUAUGAUGUUUUUUUUCUCUUGUAAUGGAAGUCAUUUGCUCCUCAUGGUCACCUUGUGGUUCCCCUUUCUUAUUUCACCUCCUCAAAUCAUCUAAACUAUGUACCUCAGACAGACCAGUGUUAAAUAAAUUCAAUUAAUAGUUUCAACUAAAACAAUUGUAUUUAUAGCCCUUUUUCCUGAAAACCCACCCCCUCCCCUCCCCACUUUUAUUAUUUCAUUACAACUGGAACAAAAAAAGUGUGAUUCUGGAGACAGAGAAGGAUCAACCCUGCCUUUGUCCGGAAAGACCAAAGCCUGCUGCAGAACAGAAGAAUGAAAUUACAAAAAACCUUAAUAAUCAGUAUUAUAAGAGAGGGGGAAAAAAAGAGUUGUGAUGUCACAGUUAUGUGAGUCUUGCCUUAUUUCAUUACCAUGCUAGCUAACCGUGCAGAUGUGAAUGGAAAUAUGUACAAAUAUAUAUAUAAAGUAUUAAUGUUGUAAAAAUCUAAAAAAGAAUAAUUCAACAGGUGUUUACAUUCAUGUGGGCAUAUGGGAGAGAACUGUGAUGAAGCAUAAAUUGCAAAGCAAUGAUUUCCUAAAAAAUGAAAUCAAUGAAAUGGUAAAAAAAAAAAAAGAAAAAACAAAAACAAAAACAUCCCUCUGGUUUGCUUUCUUUGGUGUGUGUACAGUGUUUUAUUUUUAUUUGUUUCGAGCAGUACUUAAAUUAUGUCGUGAGACACUAAAAUCAAAAAGGAAUCACACUUAAAAGAUUAAUUUCUAUCUGUGUCUGCUGGCAUUCAAACAUUUGUUUUCUUAAGCAUUUCUGUAUAAGGGUUCCGUUUCACUUUCACCCUUUUUGUAGAAUUUUUUCUUUUUUAUUUACACUGCUUUAACCUUUUUGAUGUACAGUAUGUCACUGGUUACGCUUAAUAAUGAAGAUAAUUUAUUGCGUCUCUGGGUUUCCAUCGAUGUGUUACAUGACGUGAGGUGUCCACGCAAGAAUAAAUUUGUUUAUUGUA